CAAGAAGGACCCAAUCAAGACAGAGAUACAACACAUGGUGUACUCAAGCCACAGCAUGUACGUUGUUCAAUCCUUCAAUUGCGUACUGGGAUAGAAGUGCAAGAAAUACUAUGGAGUACCUUGCAAGCAUGUUCACUGAGAAGGAAAAGUGGAACUGGCUUAAGGCGUGGCUGGCACUUGACAUUGCAAGAUCUGGCUUAGAGCAGUUCGUGGAGAGAGAAGCUAAGAUUGUCCAUGCCGACAUUUACCAAGCUGCAAAAUCCAACACAAUUAAAGAUAUUCGUGCUGAAAUCACCAAGAAACAUAGAUAUACAAAUGGUGGUUCAUGGAAAAAUUCCUCAGAUAAACUAUGGUCAUCUAAUCCAUGGGAAGUAGCGAAAUGCUAUUUCCCCCCUAAAGGAUAUGAAGGAAAAAAUUCAGCUCAAGAAACAGAUUUUGAUGGAAUCAUCAGUUUUAUGCUGAACUGCCUACACUUUGACAGCAAGUUUUCAUUUGUUAUAUCAAAGGGACAGACAUACUCUCAAACCUGCCUUCUGUUCAAGGCUCGUGAAUUGCGGAAUGAAAUCUGUCACCCGCCUUCAUUGGAAAUCUCAGACCAGAAGCUCCAGGAAUAUUUGACGACGCUGAUCAAACUGCUGAGUGAUUCAAAGUGCCUUGCGCAAGAUAAGGAGGCCAACACUGCGGUUUUAAAAUUAGAUGAGUUGCAGAAUGAGAAAAUGUCUUUUAACGACCUGAUUGAGCUGUUGAAGAAGAGCCACAAAACUUUGAAAGAUGUGAACAAGCCUGGAGAGCUAAUUUAUAAAGAGAUGGAUGAGACCCUAGCAAAAGCUCUAAAGAUAUUAGAGGCUAGGAUACAGGAUUUAGAAAAACGCCAUGAAAACACUGAAACCAGAGUACAAGUUUUAGAAGAACGCCAUGAAAACACUGAAACCAGAGUACAAGUUUUAGAAGAACGCCAUGAAAACACUGAAACCAGAGUACAAGUUUUAGAAGAACGCCAUGAAAACACUGAAACCAGAGUACAAGAUGUAGAAGAACGCCAUGAAAACACUGAAACCAGAGUACAAGUUUUAGAAGAAGGCCAUGAAAACACUGAAACCAGAGUACAAGUUUUAGAAGAACGCCAUGAAAACACUGAAACCAGAGUACAAGAUGUAGAAGAACGCCAUGAAAACACUGAAACCCAAUUACAAGAUUUAGAAGAACGCUAUGAAAACACUGAAAGUCAAGUACAAAUUUUAGAAGAACGCCAUGAAAACAUUGAAACACGAGUACAAGAUUUAGAUGAACGCCAUGAAAACACUGACAUGCGAGUACAAGAUUUAGAAGAACGCACUGAAAACAUUGAAACCAAGGUGAAAGAUUUAAAAGAACAAAAUGAAUACAUUGAAACCCAAGUCCAGGAUUUAAAAGAACGCUCCAAAAGCAACAUACAGGCAGUGAACCAAAUUGAACAAGAAGAAUAUGAACGAGGCGUAGAAGAACUGAUCGAACGUACGAAGAAGCUUUACAGGGACACCUUAAAUCACGUACCCAUAUCUCCAUUAAAUGACUACAAACAUGAAAAAUUAGGAGAUGUUUAUAUGCCGCCGAAAAUUGUUAAAAUGUCCGAGGACAAAGGUGUUUUUAAGAAAACAGACGAACAGGUUACGCAGUACAAGGGUGUGUUUUUAACAGAUGACAAGGUUAAUCGACGAAUAUUUCUUCAAGGUGAGGCGGGGUCUGGAAAAACUACAUUCUUAUCCAAGUUAGCCCUGGACUGGUGUGGAGAACCGCAUGAUAUUAGUGCAUCUGAUAACAGUUCACUUUUCUUUAGUGAUAUCGACGUUUUGCAAAGCUUUGUGUUUGUUUUCCAUAUUACAUUGAGAAAUUCGGUAAAACAAUUUGACGUAUAUACUUUGAUUAAACAACAAAUAAUAGACUCGAUUUACUCUCAGGAAGACCGUGAGAAGGCGUACAAACUAGUGAAUGAGAUCAUGAAACGUGAACAAUGCUUGAUACUACUUGAUGGUCUAGAUGAGUGGACCGGACCAGGAGAUCAUCACAACCUACCAGAAUUGGUAGUAGAUCACAGCGAAUGUGUGAUGUUAUUUUCAACACGACCUUGGAAAUUGGCUGUAGUAAAAAUUACGCAUUUGGACAGAUACACGUCGGUGCAAUUGGAAGGUGUAAACAAGCCAUUUGAGCUCAGCAGAUUAAUCCUGGGCUGCUUGGUAGCUAAGGAUGAUCUUGAAUUAAAAUGCUCAGCAUUUGAGCAGUACAUAAAGAAACAAGAGCUCGGCGAAUUACUGUCAUCACCCAUGAUGCUCUCUGCAAUUGUUUGUUCAUUUGCAGAGGGAAUAGAACUCAAAGGCUCUAAGUGUGAAAUAUACAUUCUCUUACUGGAAAGUCUUUUUAAGAAAGCGAACAGUGAAAUGCGUACAUUUGAACAGCCCCGGUUUUCAUGCUUCACAGAGACUCAAUACAUACAGCCAAAUAUAGUUACCCUGAAUCGCCUAGCCGAAUUAGCAUUUCAUUUGUUGUUUGUAAAUACAAAGGAAAAUUCACUAGUGUUUAGUAUAAGCGAAUUAAGACAAUUUAAGUUGGAUGAACAAGAGCAAAUGAAAUUUGCAUUACAAUCCGGAAUUUUGUCGUCAGCACGAAAGGAUGCCUUACUGCGACCGUCGUCUUCAUUUUCGUUUAUCCACUUGAGCAUGCAAGAAUUCCUCGCUGCUUAUCAUAUUUCCCGCAAUAAAGAUCUCGUUGAUGGCGUUAUUUCUGUUUAUCUUAACCGCCAAAGGGAAGCAUAUCGCGACAUAUCACAGGUGUUUAUAUUCCUGUGUGGACUAGAUGUAACAUGUGCGGAAAAGCUAUCAAGCAUGAUGGAUGAUGAUGCUUUGAGUAUUGACGACAGGUUUGACUGGUGUUACUUUCAAAAAAUCAUACUGGCAGGACACAGAGAAGCUGUUGCAAACGGACAUAAUGAAGCUUUCCUUAGACUAAGUACCUUCAUAUUCGAUCAGCAAGCAUCAAACAGCAACGACCUUCAUAGGAUUUGGACAAAUAACGCGGCAAAUGUCAUUUCCUUGGAUGUUUACGCCAAACUAAUGUCACCUGCAAAUGACGAGUCUGCAUCUCAUAUAAAGAUGGACCUAUCAUUGUGUCGCAAGCUGAAAAGGUUAUGCCUGACUGGAGACCUAAUGCGAGUCCAGGAAGACAGCAUAUUGUUGAAAGCUGAAAAAUCUUCAAAGCCUAAUACAAAGACCAAGGGCAACAGUUCACAACAAGUGAAACCUAGUAUAAAGUCUCGACUAGGUCUUAAAUCAACCACAGCCCGUCUUGAUAAAGAUAGAAAAAAAAAUCAAAGUCAAAAUGCAAUGCCUGUGUCAAUUAAAGCAAGACUUGGACUUAAACCCAGUGGAGAUUCUCAACCCAGAAGCGGAGUUAUCAAACUUUCAAAAGUGUCUGAUAGGGGAAGUGUUUUAUCGAGAAUCGGUAAGAUUGGUGAUAAUCAGAAAAGUCGCGGUAAAAUAGAAAAUAAAAAUAUUUUGAUGGUUCCACAGAUUACUAUAAAAAAUCAAUUUGUUGAAGAAGAAAAAAAAAGAAUAAGUUUGAAAGAGAGACUUGGAUUAGUUGAUCCUAAUGAUUAUGGAUCUGAAUCAAGGAAAGACAGGAAAAAGAAGAGAGACUUAGAUGAGGAAUUGAUGAAGUUGAUAGAAGAAGAGGACAUAGAUGUUACAUAUGAGGAGCUUCAAGAACUGUCAAAACGGGACAAGAAAAAAGUCUUAAAGAAAGUGUUGCAGCAACAGGGACGGGAGGCUGAAUAUGAGGAAUUUCGAAAGAAGAAAAAGAAGAGCAUUAAAAAGAAGAAAGAGAGGAGUGAGAAUGAUGAAUCUGACAGCCAAAAAAGAAGGAUAAAGAUAAAAGGUGAUUCUGGGAGGGUCAGUGAAGGUGAGGAAGUGAGUGUGGCAGCUGCCUGGAGUGAUGGAGAGGAGGAGGAAGAGUUGGCAGAGGAGGAGGAGGUUUACCUGGAGGAAGCCCAGGAAGAACUGGAGGAAAAUACUGAGCCCAAAGAAAAUCCUACCUCAGGAUCAAAACAAGAGUCUGUGGAAGGGGUACAAGAAUCAGAAGAUGUGAAAUCUGUAAGCCCAACUCUGGUUGGUGACCUAUCUGGUAAGACCUUAGAGCAGCUAGAGCAGAUGCGGGCGGAGAAGAGAGCCCGUCUACAGGAGGCCUUGGAGCCCGUUUCCCUGGAGGAGAUCAGGAAGCAGCGAGCAAGCAAGAGAGCUCAGGGUGAUGACAUUGGGGCCAUAAAGAUAUCAACUGUCAAAAAUGAGCGGAAAAUAGUUCUAAACAAGGAAGAACAAAGGUCAACUGAGAACCCUGAGCCAUUAGUGCGGGUCACAUUUGGAAGUGUAGAGGCCCUGCAAAAACGAAAACUUCCACGACUUGGGACUGAUCCCUAUCAGCCACAGACUGCCAAUAAUGUUGUGAAAUUGGGUCAGGCCAGGCGUGAACGUCAGAUCUAUGUACCACCAUCAAAAAAAAAUGAUUCUGCCAGUGUGACCUCAUUGGAAUUUCCAGUCUGGAUUGUUCAAAUCAGUACCGAUCCAAGCCAGUGCACAACACUGCCCUCUAUAGAAUAUAUUAGAUUAGUGGGUGUCAAAUGUUCCUAUACGUUGCUAUGCAGUCUACUCAGCAGUCUGCUGACACUUGAUCAUCAGGUGAAGUUUGAGCUGUAUGACUGUGAAAUAACGUGGUGCGAAAAAGGCGCAGUCAGAACAUUAUUUAAUACUGGCAAUGUAAAAAUAAAAACAGAAAAUAAAAAAAUAGCAGUGUCCGUACUUGGUUGCAAAUUGUGGAAUGCCCUCAAUGGUCUGAAUAGUCCGAGUCUGGAUGAUUGUUGUAAAGCUUUUCGAGAAAAUCAUAAAGAGUCGUUGUCUCAGACGCUUGUAUUGCUCUUACAUCUGGACAAACUUAGAAUUGAAGUGGAUUAUGACACACCUGAUCAGUGGAAGACUCUUCAUGGUUUGAAUAUUAAGAGUCUAAGUCUAAUUAUGAGAGAAGUGAAUCAUACAGAGUCGAUGUCUCAGUCGUUAGCCUCGCUUAAACAGCUAGAAAUGCUUAGUAUUGAAGUGGACAAUGGCAAUCGUGCUCUGUGGAAGGCUCUUCAUGGUUUAGGUAUCAAGAGUCUAAGUCUGAGAAUGAUGGAAGUGAAUCAUACAGAGUCGUUGUCUCAGCCGUUGUCUCAGUCGUUAGCCUCGCUUACACAGCUAGAAAUGCUUAGUAUUGACGUGGACUACAUGUAUGGCAAUCGUGACACACCUGAUCAGUGGAAGACUCUUCAUGGUUUGAAUAUUAAGAGUCUAAGUCUGAGAAUGAUGGAAGUGAAUCAUACAGAGUCGUUGUCUCAGUCGUUAGCCUCGCUUAAACAGCUAGAAAUGCUUAGUAUUGAAGUGAACAAUGGCAAUCGUGCUCUGUGGGAGGCUCUUCAUGGUUUAGGUAUCAAGAGUCUGAGUCUGAGUGGCUACUGGCAAAGUUUUUACGUAAAGAAUGCGAAGUCUCUGAAGCAGUCUAUAUUAUCGCUCAAACAGCUGGAAACACUUAAUGUUUGUGUGUAUAGCGACACUUCUGGUUUGUGGGAGGCUCUCCAUGGUCUGAGUAUCAAGAGUCUGAGUCUGAGUUGCCACUGUAAACUUAAGAAUGCGACGUUUCUGAAGAAGUCGAUAUUAUCGCUUAAACAGCUGGAAACACUUAAUGUUAGUGUGGGAGAAGACAGUCCUGGUCUGUGGGAGGCUUUCCAGGGUCUGAGUAUCAAGAAUCUGAGUCUGAUUUGCGACAAUAGCAAUUUUCAACUGAAGUAUGCUACGUCUCUGAAACAGUCGUUAGUAUCGCUCAAACAGCUGGAUACACUAAGUGUUAGUAUGUAUGAAGGCAAUCCUGGUAUGUGGGAGGCUCUCAAGGGUCUAAGUAUCAAGAGUCUGAGUUUGACUCUGAGUCAGGAUCUGUUUGAUAACAAAUGUCCUGGUUUGUGGGAGGCUCUCCAUAGUCUGAGUAUCAAGAGUCUGAGUAUGAGUUUGGGAAGCAAGUCUGUAGAUUUUCAUCUAAAGUAUGCAGAGUCUAUUAAGAUGUCGCUAUUAUCGCUCACACUGGACACACUUAGUAUUAUCGCCAAAAAAGACAGCCCUGGCUUGUAUGAGGCUCUGAAUGGUCUGAACAUCAAGAGACUGAGUCUGAGUGGCGAAAAGAGAGGUUUGAGAGUGGAUCAUGCAGAGUCGUUGUCUCAGUGGCUAUCAUCACUUACACAGCUUGAGACGCUUACACUACAUUUGAAUACAUACAUUGCGCUGCAGGUACCACGAUCAUUGAAGUAUUUGAAUAUCUACUCUAAAAAAUUGCUUCCCUCGGAAUUACGGGACCUUGUGGGCAGACUGGCAGCAUGUCCGUAUGCAAUUGAUAUUGAGCUAGAAAUUGGUUGUGCUUCAAGUAUUGAUCCCCCAAAACAAAUCCUACUUCAGGAAUACAUUCUAGUUCAACAGGAACUGGUUUCUCGGCCGAAUGUUUUUGUUAAAAAAUUCCGAACAUAUGAAUCUGAAUCUAAUUCUACGAUGCCGGUACAUUACAUUGGUGGUGUUGAUAACCCUGCUCACUGUGACUUAAGCAUUAAAGAUUAUGCAUAUGACAUAUUCGCUAAAUUAAUGGAAAGAUUCAAAUAUAGUCGAAUUUCAAUUGGACUUCAGAUAAAUCCAGACUCAUUCUUAUAAAUAAGUGUGUGUUGUUGUUUGACAUUUAAUUAAUAUGAAACUAGUGUUAUUGAAUCGUUAUAGUGUUUGUAAUACUUUGUAAAAAUCGAAACUUAUUUUACAUUAUGUGUACACUGAUGUUGUGUUCGUUCUAUUUAUGCACUUUAGCUAUAAUAUUAUGCAAAGUUUGUUGUUGCAUUUCCGACAAGAGUUAUUUGGCAAGUAAAUAUAGCAGAAACAACAAUGUUUCUAUUUUAUAACGAUCUGAACUUAUUUGUAUUAAGUCAAAUGACACGUAUAUGAUUCUGUUCCACAAAUCUUUAAAAGAGAUACAUUCGCCGGAGUUUUUCUGUAACAAUAAUGGCCUCUUAAAAUGAACAAUAUGACGGAAAUUUCGCUCCUAAAUAGUAAACUAUUUUAUAUGUAUUUAUUAAAAUCAAGAUACAUAUGCGGCGAUUCUUCGUGUCUCACUACUUAAUGCAAUAAAACGGCAUAAUCACAUUACGUAUAUAUUUUGUGUAAAUGUUAUGUUAUAAUAUGUUUUAAUUUAACGCAUGCCUUUGUUUUCAUUCUAUAAACAAUUUCAAAGACAGUGUUACAAUUUAAGUAGUGCGCAUUGAAGCAUGAGUAUUUAACUGUACACUUUUCAUUCCGUUGACUUUACCUAUAAAGAGUGCAUGACAUCAUCGUUUUGAUUGUCUUCCUUUCUAUAGACUUAAAGACACUUGGAUUAUUGAAAUACAUAUAAAGUAUUUUUAUUUGCGUUUUUUGCACAGUGUGUGUCAAAUCCAAAACUUUGAAGAGUCUGGCUGUUUUUGCCUGUUUUGCCAUGUCUGUACGUGACAUUGUUGGCGUUGAUGUCACUGCCCACGAUGACCUUAGCGUUAAAGCUGAUGUUUGUUAAAGAUUCUUUGAUGAAUGACUUAAAAAUUAAUCGACUUUGUAUACGUCCAGACUCAAUGUCAUAAAUGCGUUUACAUGGGUAUGUUGUUGUUAGGCAUCGUAUUAGUAUAAAUCGAUUGUUUUUAAUGUCCUGAAGUGUAUGUGGCACUUUGUAAACUAUCAAAAAUGUGUUGACGCUAUGUGUCAAAAAUAUAUGUUGUUUUUUGUUUCAUACCUGAAAUUAAGCUAAAGAAUUAUGCUUUCAUACAGUGUUGUUGAAUAUACCACUUGUGUUUUUUGACAAAACAAUAGAGUAGACAAAUAAUAUUUCGAUUUUAAAAUGAUCUCGGUAUAAUUUGUAGUGACAUUCAAUGAAAAAUUUAUAUUUUUAAUAUACAUUCAUCUUUAAAAGAUACACAUUCGCACGAGCUUUGCUGUUCAAUUGAUGGAAUGUUUUAAUAAACAAAAUCAUGUCAAUUUAGCUCCGAAAUUGUAAAUAACUUCAGAUGCAUUAGUUCAAAUACACGAAACAAGAUUAGGCGAUGUUUCUUCUUGCUACAGAGCAAGUGUCACACUACUAAACACAAUAAGACUUUUAAUUACAUUGAGUAAACGGUUUGUGUACAUGGUAUUAAUUCAAUGCUAUCUUUUGUGUAGAGGAAUUAUAUAAUUUAAAAGUUUUAUACAGUCUUACACAUGCGCGUUAAAGUAUGUGCAAUUAACUGUACAUUUAUUCCGCAAUAUACUCAAAGCAUUAGACUUCAUCUAUUACUAUUGCAUGAUUUCUCAGUUAUGAUUUCCGUUUUUUUCUUUAUAAUUAACACAACUUGAUUAGUUAAUAUUUAAGAUAUUAAUGUGUGUAUAUUUGAUUUGUGUGCAAAGAGCGUGUCGUUUUGAUCGUCUGAAAUAACUAUACCCUCAAUAAAUGGUCAAUAAAAUUUAGGUUUCAUUGAAAAUAACAAAAUUAAUGUAUUUAUUUGUAAAAUGCAUAUAGAUUCAACAGUUUAGAUGCAUUUUCUCACAUUGUUCAUUUGACAUAUAAUUAUUAUGCCCCCCUUCGAAGAAGAGGGGGUAUAUUGUUUUGCUCAUGUCGGUCGGUCCGUCCACCAGUUUCCGGAUGAUAACUCAAGAACGCUUUGGCAUAGGAUCAUGAAACUUCAUAGGUAGAUUGACCAUGUCUGGCAGAUGACCCCUAUUGAUUUUCAGGUCAAAGGUCAAGGUCACAGUGACUCAAAAUAGUAAAAUGGUUUCCGGAUGAUACCUCAAGAACAUUUUGGCUUAGGAUCAUGAAACUUCAAAGGUACAUUGACCAUGACUUACAGAUGACCCCUAUUGAAUUUUAGGUCAAAGGUCACGGUGGCCCAAAAUAGUAAAAUGGUUUCCGGAUGAUAACUCAAGAACGCUUAAGCCUAGGAUCAUGAAACUUCAUUGGUACAUUGAUCAAGACUCGCAGUUAACCCCUAUUGAUUUUCAGGUCACUAGGUCAAAGGUCAAGGUCACUGUGACCCGAAACAUUAAAAUCGUUUCCGGAUGAUAAUUCAAGAAUGCUUACGCCUAGGAUCACGAAACUUGAUAUGUACAUUGAUCAUGACUUGCAGAUGAUCCUAUUGAUUUUCAGGUCAAAGGUCAAGGUCACGGUGACCCGAAACAGUAAAAUGGUUUCUGGAUGAUAAUUCAAGAACGCUUAUGCCUAGGAUCAUGAAACUUCAUAGGUACGUUAAUCAUGAUUCGCAGAUGAUCCCUAUUGAUUUUUAGGUCAAAGGUCAAGGUCACGGUGACCCGAAAUAGUAAAAUGGUUUACGGCUGAUAACUCAAGAACGCUUAAGCCUAGGAUCAUGAAACUUCAUUGGUACAUUGAUCAAGACUCGCAGUUAACCCCUAUUGAUUUUCAGGUCACUAGGUCAAAGGUCAAGGUCACUGUGACCCGAAACAGUAAAAUGGUGUCCGGAUGAUAAUUCAAGAACGCUUAUGCCUAGGAUCAUGAAACUUCAUAGGUACGUUAAUCAUGAUUCGCAGAUGAUCCCUAUUGAUUUCAAGUCACUAGGUCAAAGAUCAAAGUCACGGUGACUCAAAUUAGAAAAAUGGUUUCCGGAUGAUAACUCACUGAUAAUUCAAGAACGCAUAUGCCAAUGAUCAUGAAACUUCAUAGGUACAUUGAUCAUGACUCGCAGAUGAACCCUAUUGACUUUCAGGUCACUUGGUCAAAGGUCAAGGUCACGGUUACUCGGACACAGUAAAAUGGUUUCCGGAUGAUGUCUCAAGAAUGGCAGAUGACCUCUAUUGAUUUUCAGGUCACUACGUAAAAGGUCAAGGUCACAGUGACAAAAAACGUAUUCACACCAUGGCUGCCACUACAACUGACAGCCCAUAUUGGGGGCAUGCAUGUUUUACAAACAGCCCUUGUUUUUAAUUAAUUACGAGUAAUCAGUUGUUUCGGAUUGUUUAUUGUGUGAGCUUUUUGUUGCUUAUAUUGUAUAAUACUAAAGAUUAUUAAACACCAUUCAAUAGUUAAA